CGCCGACACCCUUCUAUUCCCAUACUUAAUAAUUACGCGUGGGUUACUUUUAUCAAAUGAAUCAUACGCUUGUAUAUAAAUAAGAUCUAAAACCCAUCUUCAUCAUUCAUUUCAACCGCAAGUCCAGCUAACUGGUCUAUACAGCCCGGGAACUGAAAGCAAACCUUUGCCAAAAUGAAGCUGUUCCUGUUGUUUGCAGCGUUGGCAAUCCUGCAAGUGUAUGCUCAACGAAGAACCACGGAGUCCCUAUGUGACGAGGCCGCCGAUGUGGUGUUUGUACUGGACACGUCGAGUAGUAUCUGGACUAAGGACUUUACGAAGCAGCUUGAGUUUGUUGACAGUGUGGUCAGCCAGUUCAACGUUAGUCCUAACGAUACCAGAGUGGCGGUUAUGACCUUCGCCAGGAACCACUACGUCAUAUUUAAACUCAACAGAUACAAAAACGUCAUCGACGUAAAGGCCGCCAUCAAGAGGAUCCGACACAGACAAGGAAGUAUGACUAAUACCGGACCGGCAAUACGAUUCAUGUCCUCGCGCAUGUUCACGCGGGGUAAUGGGGGUAGGGAAAACAUGCCUCACAUCGCUAUUGUCAUCACGGACGGGAAGUCUCAGAGGUCAACAGAGACACUCAAGGCUGCCAUGGCGGCUCAGGAAAAGGACAUCGAGAUAUAUGCCAUCGGGGUGGGACCGAACGUUAAGGAGAGCGAGCUACGAGGGAUUGCUAGUGACCCUGACGACAGGUACUUCUUCUAUGUGGACAACUACGACGCACUGCUCCACGAGAAGGAUGUCUUCAAACAGCGUGCUUGUAGAGGGUCUUCAACAAGAAGUAUUGUUCCCACCACCACUACCCCCACCCCUAGACCUACAACAGCUAGGCCUAUAACAGCUAGACCUACAACUGCUAGGCCUACAACUGCUAAACCUACAACAGAUAGACCUACAACAGCUAGGCCUAUAACUGCUAGACCUACAACUCAAAUGGCUACAACUACCACCACAACACGAGCUCCGCGUACAACCCCAUACUACCGAUACACACCACGAAGGACAACAUCAUGGCCACUCCCACCUAUCGGGGAUAUUGACCCGGGAUUCUUCAUCAAAGCCUGCACCGGAAAGCCAGCUGAUAUUUACAUCCUGAUGGAUUCCUCAACCAGUAUUGGAAGGUUUAAUUUCCAGCGCCAGAAGACAUUUGUCAAGAACAUGGUUUCCCGGUUUGACAUCUCGCAGGACAAGACCCGAGUUGGAGUGGUCACCUUCAGUAACGAGUACAAUCUUGACGUUCCUCUCGGAUCUGCAAACGACGCAAACAGUUUAUCAGAAGCUAUUCAGAGAAUCCCUUAUUCUUAUGGUACUACAAAUACGGCAGAUGCCAUCCGAUUUGUCAGAGAAAGAGGUUUUACUGAGGAGAGAAGACGGGAGGGCGUCGCACACAUUAUCAUCGUCCUCACUGAUGGACUGUCGCGUGACCAACUCCUGACAAAACAGGAAUCAGAACUUGCCCGUGACCAAGGAAUAUAUUUAUUUGCCAUUGGUAUAGGAAACGGCGCCCAACUUGAGGAACUCCAAAACAUUGGUAACAAACCCCAUGAUAAGUACGUGUUCCAGGUGAGGAGCUUCAGAGCAUUGGAUUCCAUCAAAGAUCUUCUGGCAUCACGGACGUGUGAAGUGGAUAUUGAAAAACUUUGUGGAAGCCGGGAUAUGUCGGAUGUCGUUUUCAUGUAUGAUGUUCUUUCCCUCGGACAGAUGAAAACCAACUACAUUUCCAAAUUUGUCGCCAAGAUUGUCCAGAGUUUAGACAUCCCCUCCGGAAACGUCCGCAUAGGACGCAUGUUAUACGAUUGCUUGAAUGAUGCGUACAGCGCACUCUCAUCACCCGCCGAUAUCCACGUUUGGUCUAACCAGGUACUUCCAGGUAUCACCGAUUUGAUAAGAAAACUUCGUGCUUCCGGUUUCUCUUCUCCAAAUGGCGGCAGAAUAGGCGCCAAAUCCGUUGCCGUCGUGUUCCUUGAUAGUAGGCUUCACAACAUCAACGAAGUUGUGAAACAAAUGGCAAAGUCUCCGGAUACGCAUUUCGUCACGGUUGUGAUCGGAGCGGACGAGUCUACAGUUAUCCCCUACCUGUCACACAACACCUUCAUCCGGGUACCGACGUACAGGGAGUUGUUCUCAUACAAGGACGCAUUCCUGGAGUUACUCUGCCCGGUCCUGGACGUGGAAUUUUUCCAUAUCAAAUUGUAAUUUACGCUACAACGUUGCCGUCCAUUGAUAUCUGUACCCAUUUAAUUCAUUUCUCAUAUUGGUUCUUCUUCUAUUGUCAUUGCUAUUUAUAGAAGUGUUAAUUCAAACAAUAGAUACAAAUGAGACAGAUCAAGAUGAGAUCGUAUGUGGGCGAUUUGAUUGGAACAAUACUGCCAAAGGUAGACCCAGAACUACAAAAUUGUUAAAUCACAACCAAGCCAAGGGAGGUAACUCCAAGUUAUAUUGGUAUAUUGCCGGUGAAUUGUUUAUGUUUGUUGUUUUGUAACUCGUUUUAUUCUUGUUCUUGGUCAAAGAUGUUAUGUUAUGACUACAACCAUUUUUUAUAUUUUUACAUAUUUUUUGUAAAUUAAACACUUAAAAGAAU